AUGCUGUUGAACGGGAUCGGCAGCGAAGAUGCGGAGGUGGUGCAAGCAGCUACAGACAUCAUGUUGUCGCUCAAAGAUGAACUCCCUGAUCCUGUGGCCGUCCUAACCUCACUCAUCUCCAGCACCGUGUCUCUGGGGCUUCCUCGCGCGUCCGGCCACCUUUACCUGGUCGGCAAGCUCCUGGCGAACGCCUCCUACGACCGUGCUCUGGCCGCCACCCUCGGGAACUCUUGCUUCGGACGUCGCGAUGGUCACGGGCAAAGACAACAACAAACUCUUGUGAUCGGGGAUCGAAGCGGCCAGGGGAUUGUCCCUAGUCAUGGUGGCAGCGGGGUUGAAACCAGGGAUGAAGGGGAAGAGCUCCGAGGCUUCGGAGCGUUUUUGGCUGCGCAAGCGUUGUCCACAUCCUGCUCGGAUCACACCAAGUCAGACGUGCUUUUCGUCGCCUUGGAGCUACUCGAUUGCUGCACGGCAGUAUGCAUGGGUGCUGGCAUCGCGCCACAGGGUCCGUUGAUGCCUCCUCCACCUGGAGGCGACCCCUUCGUGAGCAUUAUGCUGGCCCUUCCUCGACUUCUGGCCCGACGGUCGUCUUCCGAUGAACUCCUCCAGCUGCACGGCAUCGCAUACCUCGCCACGGUCGCGAGGUACUGCCGACAACGCACGGAGAUGGGGGUGCCCGGGUGGUCGUCCAAUCGUGAUGGGGUACCAGACGUGCUGGCCGAAUUGUUCGAAGGCGCACGUGAAGCCACGCCGCGCGAGGUGCUGCCGACUGGUGGUGGCGGCGAAGGCAGCAAGCAAUCUUUCUCCGGUGGAAUGCUAUGCAGCACGCUGAAGACCCUGUUGAUGUCGUCGUCGUAUCGGGUGCGCUCGGCCACAGCGCGGCUGAUCACUUCGCUCUGCCGUGACGUUCCGUUCGGCGAAGAUUCUGAACUAGCGCACGAAAACGCCGCUAUGGGCAGCCGUAGGAACGGGAGUAGCCUUUUCUUCCGAGAAAUUCUGCUAGCGGCGGGAUCGACCGACUUCUUGUUCGAGGCGAUCAAGUCCGAGCGAGAAGGCUCCACGAGGUACUAUCUCGAAGCCGCAGACGCGUUCGCUUCGUCGCCGGUGGAGUUCUUCCAUGCGGACAAUUUUUGCAUGAAAUUUGCGGCGCCGAUCCUGCUAGACGCUUUCAGAGGUGGUACUGCGUGUGGGCCAGAACCCUACGAUCGAGCCGGCGGCAGUCGCAGCGACGAUGAGGUGCGUAAGCACCAGCUUUUGCUUUUACCUCAUCGGGUGAUAUUUUGUGUUUGA